AUGGACGCUCUGAGAAAACGUCAACGCUUUACUGACCAUGACGAUUUGGUGCUGUUGCGGGAAGUAUUAUCUCAUAAUCCAUUUGAGAAUCCUGCGUUAUGGCAUGUUAUUCAAGAGAAUGUUUCCAGUUUAACUGGAAAAACAUUUGUCAUUAGAACAUUGAGGGAACAUUUGGAGAGGUUGAUAAAACUGUGGCUGGAAAUGUUUAAAAUCUUAAAAGACAAGUCAGGAAUAGAAGUAGUCUCUACAGAGAAGGAUACUUUAUGUAGUAAUAUUUACGACUUGAUGAAGGAAUUCAAAGAUUCCAAAAAGAAGAAAACCUCAGUUAGUGCAUCUAAAACUAUUGGUAUUGAUGCUCGAAACCAAUGGACCCAACUGUUGGAGGCUUCGGGAUCAUCAGUGAAGACGGAGAAUAUAGGCUCAGAAUCCCUCAUUCAUGAUCAUGGCAGUCUGACAAUUCCUGUGGAGGAUAUAUUAUCUGAUGAUGUGAGGAUAGAGUUUGUGGACGAAGUUGACUUGAGCAUGCAAGAUACUACUGAAUGCAUUGAAAAUACUGAACCGAUAAUGAAUGAAGCCUCUACAUCAUCAGCUUACCUAUCAACCCACAAAGUAAAUGUAUUGGAUCCACAGACAUCCCAUCAGACAGAUAACACAGUAGCUAGCAAUCCCGAGAUUAAGCCUUCAACAUCAAGUUCAAAACCUGCGAAAAUUUUGGGUCCAGUAAGAAGUAGGAAAAGGAAAGCUAAUACCCAAAGGCAAGGGUUAGCGUACCUAGAAAACUAUGAUAAGCAGCAAAGUGAUAUAAAAAAAAAACAAUUGGAACUAGAGGAGCGAAAACUAAAAGUGGAGGAAAGAAUGAUGGACUUAUUGGAAAAACAACAUGAUUUAACAGAGUUUCAAAUCAAAAAACAAUUUGAAUUAAUUGAAAAAAAAAAUAAUUUGGAAUCCCAAAAUCAGCAAAACUUGUUAGCUAUGGCUGAAAGGCAAGAUAAAUUAAUUAAUUUACUAAUAAAUAAGAUUGGUUAA